UUCAGUAGAGACGGGGUUUCACCGUAUUAGCCAGGAUGGUCUCGAUCUCCUGACCUUGUGAUCCGCCCAUCUCGGCCUCCCAAAGUGCUGGGAUUACAGGCUUGAGCCACCGCGCCCGACAAAGUCUCUGUUUCUUUAACUUCAAAAGGAAGUUAGCGUUUUCCUUGCAGAGGUGCUGAGGAUUAAAUGAGAUAAUACGUGGAAACAUUAGGCAUGUAGUACACUUAGCAGAUGCUGGUUGGCUCCCCCCGUUUUCCACUAGUCUGUGGUCUACAGUUUAAAUUUUAGACAGGGAAAAGCGUGUGAGAUUUGACGCUGGGGAAGGAUGCAUUGGGUUCCAGGCAAGGGAGGCAGGCUCUGAGGCCUGGAGCAAGGGACCAGGGGCCUGGGCAGGCCACAGAGCACCACAGUGCCCUUGCUACCCUAUUAAUGGGCCAGGAAUCUGGAAGCCAGCUAGUAAACGCCCUCAUGCCCAGGAUCAUCCUGCAGGUGGAGCUGAAGAGCCAAGAGGCUCAGAGUCUGCAGCAGCAGGGAGACCAGUACCUGUGUCACCUGCAGCAGUAUGUGGUCGCUUAGCAGCAGCUGACCUCUGAGGAAGAGGUGCUGCACAGGCAGUUACUGCUGCAGACCCAGCUCCUGGACCAGCUGCAGCAGCAGGAAGCUCAAGGCAAAGUGGUAGCUAAGAUGGCCCGCCAAAAGUUGCAGGAGACCCCGGGGAGGGAGUUGCUGAGGACAGGGCCACGAGAGGGACAAGCUGGCAACCUCCGUGCCUUCUCACCCUCUUUCCUGGCCUCUUAGGAGCACCUGGAAGCUACCAGCCAGCAGAAACAGCAGCUAAAGCCAGGUUGAGCCUCAUGGUUCUCCCUGGGGAAGGAGAUGGAGGAGGACAUCUGGACAGUGAGGAGGAGGAGGCACCUCAGCCCAUGCAGGACAUCCCUGAGGACCGGGAGAGCCGGGAGGUCAGGUGGCAUUUUUCAACGACGCUGGAGCCAAUGCCCAGGAAUAGCAAAGGGUGUGCUGCCAGCACUUGGCUCACCCAGUGGCUUCAUUUCAGAGGACCCCAGGGACUGGGGGUGAACCUGCUGGAGCUGCAGGGACAGGUGUUGUGGCUUGUGGGCGACCACAAUGACAGGCACAACAAAUUCCUGACCACUGCCCAGAGCCCUGCUGAUCAGCCCGCUCUAGGAGCCCGAAUCCCCCAGGAGCUUGGGCGUGCUGACAAGCAGGGUGGUGGGUAGAGCGCUCAGGCGGGGUGGGCGGGCAGGAGCAGGGGAGGCUCGCACUGACCUCAGAUCCCCUCCUCCCUCUGUCUGAAGAUCUUCGUGGCUGAGCCUCACUGACAGCGUGGAGCCUGCACCAGGAGAGGCCAGGGAGGGUUCUCCCCACCACAACCCCACGGCACAGCAGAUCGUGCAGCUGCUUCCUCUAACGCAGGACUCUCCAGGAGCACCGAGGCUUGGGCAGCAACCCCUGCAUGCCAUUCUUUUCACCGUGCCGAGAUCAGGGAGAUAAACAUCACCAUCAUCUAAGAGCUGGUCAAGAAAUUUAAAAACAAACGAAAAAAGUUUAGGGGUUAAUCUCCUACACAAUUCAUUUACUUCAUUUGAAUGUUAGAGCCACUCAUGUUUAUUUGUGUUUCUAACUUAAAUUUAUUUGUAGAAAGUUAAAGGAGAGUGGGUCUUUCCCUCAUGUUCACUCUGUAUUUUGACAGUUCAAAUCACUUCACUUUUACCUGACACAUAUAAAUGACUAGGAAUGACCUUCAGAUAGUGUUUAGCAUCUGUAACCUAUCUGACAAUAAUGUGUUCAUCAGGGACCUCUGGAUUAAAUCACAUACCGGCAUAUUUAAGCUGAAUGUCAGUCUGAAAAAUAAAAGUGCUAUAUUAACUGAAAUACCACUCUUUGUGUAGGAAUUUUGUCAUAUGUUUAAGAAAAAGCUAAAAAGAAUGGAAAUUCUAUGACAAUAACUGUAGUCUUUCUUCAAAAUGCACGCAGAUGUUUGCAAUACCUCAUUCAGCCAAGUAUUUGUUCUCUUCCUCAUUCAGUAUAAGGCAGCUUUCAAUUUGCUUAGAAGGCGACAUUAGAAGGUUAGAGUUCAGCAGAAACAGAAUUUUAAAAUGUGAGUUCAAACUGAAUAAAUGUGAAUUUCUGUAGGAAGAAUCAAAAUAUCAAUUUAAAGACUGCAAUAUAUCAUAAUUAUUUUUAAACUAUUUGAUUAAACCUGAUAGGUUUCCCUGAAAUGAAAAAAAUCAGUUCUAAAACCAAAGCUGAGUUUUAUACAACAUGAAAAUGUAAAUCAGCCCUAUCCAUAAUACUUUCUCUAAAACUUUAUCUUACAGUCACUUUCAAAUAACUAUUCAAAAACAUAACUGCUAUAAUAUCUUGAAAUAAGUUAAAACAUUUUAAAAUAUGAACACUGUAGUGUAAAACCAAGAAUCUAGGGGAAGGAAAAGUAGAGACAGAAAUGCCAAUUCCAGUCCAAAGCUUUAUUUGCCAAGUUUUCUUAGAAUGACUUUUACCAACUUACGAUUUCUUGUAAACAGAAUGUAUAAUGGAAAUACUGACUUUUGUCUAAAGUGGCAUUAUUGACUUCUGUGAUGCUACUAUAAUGUAAUAAAUUAUGAAAUUGUUGCAAGGUG